ACGUUGUACAAUUUUCGGAGUUUUUCUUCUUUUCUUUUUCCCCCGAAGGUUAUUUUCGGAGUUAUUGUAAAAAUAAGAAUGUAAUGCUGUAGACAACGAAUAAUGGAAUAUAUUUUCAAAAAAGUUCUGCUUUCUUUCAUCUGACAAACAAUUCGGAGACUUUCGCUUUUUUUGCAUCCAUAGACGACCAUCAACUUCUUCCUUGUUAGGGUUUCCUCUGUUUCCCUCUCAAAUCAGGUUUGAUUGGUUCAAUUUGAAAAUUUUUGUGUUCUGCUAUCUGUGAUGAUUUGACAUUAGGUAUUAGGUCUGGUUCAAUUUGUGUAUAGAGCUUUGUUUUUGGAAGGAUAUAUAGCUAAGUUUGGCUGAAAAUGAGUGUAGUUGGGUUUGAUGUUGGAAAUGAAAACUGUGUUAUAGCAUUUGCAAAGCAACGUGGCAUUGAUGUAAUAUUAAACGAUGAAUCGAAACGAGAGACGCCGGCAGUGGUGUCAUUUGGUGAGAAGCAAAGGUUCAUUGGCUCGGCUGGAGCUGCAUCGGCCACUAUGAACCCGAAAUCAACUAUUUCGCAGGUUAAGAGGUUGAUUGGUAGGAAAUAUAGGGAGCCUGCUGUUCAGAUGGACCUGAAAUUGCUUCCAUUCGCGACCUCUGAGGGACCAGAUGGUGGCAUUUUGAUUCAUUUGCAGUACAUGAAUGAGAAGCAGAGUUUCACUCCUGUUCAGAUUAUGGCAAUGCUAUUUGCACAUUUGAAGCAGAUUGCUGAGAAGAAUCUUGAAAUGGAUGUUUCGGAUUGCGUUAUUGGCAUACCUUCGUACUUCACUGAUUUACAGAGACAAGAUACGAAGGAAUNGGACUUUGAGAAGCUUUCAUCAGAUUUAUUGGAGAAGAUAAGCAUUCCUUGUCGUAAAGCUUUGCUUGAUUCUGGUUUGACUGCUGACAGGAUUCAUACUCUUGAGCUUGUAGGAUCAGGCUCUAGAAUUCCAGCUGUAGGAAGAAUUUUAAAUUCGCUAUUCAGAAAAGAACCUGGGCGGACAAUAAAUGCUAGUGAGUGUGUUGCACGUGGAUGUGCUCUUCAAUGUGCAAUGCUCAGCCCUAUAUUUCGUGUUAGAGAAUACGAGGUUCAGGAUUCAUUUCCUUUCUCCAUUGGAUUUGCAUCUGAUGAGGGCCCAGUUUGCACCCUAUCAAAUGGCAUAUUGUUUCCAAAGGGCCAUAGUUUUCCAAGCAUGAAAGUGCUCACAUUGCAUAGGAGCAGCUGUUUCAACUUGGAGGCUUUCUACACUAACCAGAAUGAGUUGCCACCAGGUGUAUCCGAUAAAAUAAGCAAAUCUACGAUUGGCCCAUUCCAGGUUCCUCAUUCUGAAAAAGCAAAGAUUAAAGUCAAAAUUCAAUUGAACCUCCAUGGAAUUGUUACGGUAGAAUCGGCCUGGCUGAUCAAAGAUCAAACAAGUCAUUCUACUUCGGAAAAUAAUACUGAUACUCAUGCAGAAGAUAUGGAGGGAGAUGAUACAAGAAAAAGUAAGGCCGUUAAGAGGCAGGAUAUACCUGUCAGUGAAAGUGUCAAUGGUGGAAUGACCUUGGCGGAGCUAUCCCAAGCUCAGGAAAAGGAAUGCCAGUUAGCUGAGCAAGACAUAAAGGUGGAGCGAACUAAAGAUAAGAAAAACACCCUGGAGGCAUACGUCUAUGAAACUCGUAAUAAGCUUUUGAAUACAUACCGGAGCUUUGCUACGGAUUCGGAGAGGGAGGGUAUCUCAUGUAAUCUACAGCAGACUGAAGAAUGGCUCUAUGAAGAUGGAGAUGAUGAGUCUGAACAUGUCUAUGCGGAGAAGCUAGAUGAUCUUAAAAAGAUGGUGGAUCCCGUGGAGAAUCGAUACAAGGAAGAAGAGGCGCGGGCACAAGCAACACGAAAUCUAUUAAAUAGCAUUGUGGAAUACCGGAUGGCUGCAGGAUCACUUGCAGCCAGUGAGAAAGACGCCGUCAUUAACGAAUGCCAUAAAGCAGAGCAAUGGCUCCGAGAGAAAUCCCAUCAGCAGGAGGCACUGCCAAGAAAUGCUGAUCCAGUACUGUGGUCUAGUGAAAUCAAAAGAAAGACAGAGGCUUUUGAAGCGAUGUGCAAGCAUGUAAUGAGGCACAAGUCAUCUCCCCAAAAAACUGAAGAUGGUUCAGGCUCGGAUCCCAGAAGUAAAAGGGAGGAUGACAUGGAUGUUGAUUAAGCUGCACGAGUAACAAAUAUGGGAGCAGGCAUGACAAAUGAUCAGAUUAAUUGUGAUUGAGGCUGAGUACAUCUCACCCACCAGAGGCUUAUUGAGAGUUAUCUCUGGUACUUAAAAUCAAGUCAUUCUCUAUUUUGGGUAGCAUUAUUUUGUUGUCUAUGCAAAUUUUGUGUUCUUUAUAAUAUGGAUCCCCAAGUCACCGUGUUACCUUAGUCGCCUCAAAAUAUAAAUUGAUUAUAUGCAGAGUUUCUGCUGCUUUUGUUGAUUUUAACCGCUCAUAGGAGGGAGCAUACGCUGGAUAUGAGAAACAUUUUGUACUUGGACAUUAAGAAACAAACUAAAGAUUUUUUUUGUAAACAGUUGUUAUUGUUCUCUGUUGUGAGUAGUGCAAAUACUCUUCAUAUGCAA